AUAUUUCGUUAAAAUGGCGAACAAAUCCAGAGCUCUUAAAAAGCUCGAGGAUGAAAUUGAAAAGUUUAGGGGAGAAGCGAAUUGGGCCAAAGUUGACGAUAUUACAAAGCAAAAUGUUGGAAAAUUUAAAGGCCUUGAGGAUUAUUUGCUUCUGGUAUCAGCGGAAUGCAAACUAGAACGUCACUUUCAUGAAUAUCCUAUUGAGAAUGACAACAAUUUUUCAAUAUCACACAACGAUACGUUCCAACACUGUAUAACAACAUUUAAAGAAAUUAUAAGAAAAACCGAAAUAAAAGAAUAUAAGCUUGAAGCAAACCUCUUGAAAGUUAAAAUAUAUUUUGCAUGCAAAGAUUUUUCGAUCUGUUUAGAAAAUUACGAAAAGUUGAAGUUGGAAUCAUUGAAUACUAACCUAAUUCCGAUAAGACGAUUGAAAUUAAUAGCCGAAGCUUUUUCAAUUAAAGGUUUAUGCUUGGAAAAUAGCAAUAGCUCAAAUCGUCUUUCAAAAUUUAAGGGUGUAAAUAAUCAGGAUGCUAUAAUUAGCUGUUUUGAGAGAGCAGGAGAUUUGGCUCUUUUGCUAAUACAAUCACUCAGAAAUAAAACUAUGUCAACUUUAUCUACUUGGAAUGCGUCGCUUCAACCAGAAGUUAUUGAUUUACCUGGUAUAGGUUCUAUUAUAGAAAAAUCCAUGCAAAAGUCACCUUUAGCCUAUAUAGUUAAAGGGGAUUUACAGAAAGGUAUUUCUAGGUCAAGAGAGGUGUUACAGUGUGUUGAGACAGCUUCAAUCCCUCAUUUGAGACAAACUUUAGCCCGUCAGCUAGCUGAAUUAUUAUUGAGAGGAGUUUGCGAGAGCACUUAUAUACCUUUGAACAAAAAUGAAGUACUAUCAACACAUAGGACCCCUCCAAGUGCACCCUCUUCUCCAAAACCCAAAAAAUAUGACGGCGGAAGUCUAUACGUUCCAGAAGAUUUACUCAGUGAGAUUUUAUUACUUUUACUUAUUGCCGAUACAAUGGUAACGAGAGAAGCUCUGGUAACAAGACGUCCAGAAUUUCGUGAAGAGAGAAUUAGACGUUUUGAAAAUGCCACGGCAGUUUACGAUCUUAUUACUAUUGCUUUAACGAAACAUGGACAAUUUAAUAUUAUUUUUCAAACAUUUGAAAGAGCAAUGAAAUUUGCUUUUGACGAAAUUCACAUUUGGAGGCAAUUUGCUUUAUCACUCUAUGCAGCUCGACAAUAUGAUAGGUCUUUGUUAGCAUUCCGAAGGUGCCACAAAAUAAAACCAAAUGACUAUGUAGUAUGCCUUCAGGCAGCUCAAAUAUGCUUUGAUCACGUUCGAGACAUUAAAGAGGGAAUAGAAUGGACAAAAACAGCUAUCAAACUUACUGAAAAUACUAAUAAAUGUAUUAAAUCGAGGGCUUUAUUGGCUUUAGGUGUGGGAUAUACUCUUAUGGUUGAUGAGACCAAAAUUCAUUCAGAGAAGGCUGAAUAUAGAAAAAAAGCAAGCGCUUGCUUUGACAAAGCUCAUUCCCUCGAUCCGGAAAACUAUUUACCUCUGUACCAUAUAGCUUUACAACAAGCUUUGAAUAGAUCGGUUAAUGAUGCUUUGAGAACAAUAACGUUGGCUUUGAAAAAGAAACCGGAUCACGUACAUUCUCUACAUCUCUUGGCUUUGUUGCUAUCAUCUCAACAAAAAUUUAACGAAGCAUUAAAUGUUAUUGUCGCAGCUGUUGUGGAUUAUCCUGAUAAUUUUAGCUUGCUGUUCACAAAAUCUCGCUUGCAAGUUGUUGCAGUUGGUUUUGAUGAAGCUUUAUCGACAUGUCUUUCCAUGCUGAAAUUAUGGAAGAAAAUGUUUGAAAAAGGUUUAGAUGGUCAAGAAAGGGGAACAGGACUCUUGAAUAAAUGCACAGCGGAUCAUAGAUCUUUGAUUCAUACACAACUGAAUGAGUUAUCCGAUAGGGAAUCGGUGAAACACGAUUUAACUCAACGAAGAUUUUCUGAUCCUGGAAUUCUUUGUGAAUCUGAUACAGAUCGUAUAUAUUUACAAGUGCCAGAACAAUUCAAAGCGGGAUCAGUUAGAAACGAAUCCAUUUGUGCAUCGAAAAUUGAGGCUCAGUUGUCUGAUUUGGCGUCUUCUGUUGGCUCUAAAAUUGAACAAAAGCCUGGCCCAAGUGAGCCUUGGGUUAUACAAUCUCAAAUAUGGCUUCACUUAGCCGAAUUAUAUCUCGAAGAAGGACGGUUGGAAGACGCCGAACGUUGCGUUACAGAAGCCGGUGUAAUAAAUCCUUUAUCUUACUUAGUGGCCUAUUUGAAAGGAAGAUUGGCUGAAAUGAGAUAUAAAUUUCGCGAGGCGAAGGAAUGUUAUGAAAAUGCACUAAGCAUAAAUAGUUGCCAUGUGAAGACUUAUCAGCAUAUGGGUAUCAUCUAUCAAGCCCUUGGUCAACUUAGAAUGAGUGAAAAGAUGCUUAGAGAUGCCAUAAACGUUGAUCCUACAUGUCCUGAAGCUUGGAGUCUUUUGGGCCAAGUCGUCCAUGAUCUUGGCGACCCAAAUGAUGCCGUGGAUUGUUUCUCAACCGCAGCUGAGUUAGAACUUACUAAACCUGUAUUGCCGUUUAGUAUUUUACCUAAACAUUUCCUGUGA